GAAAAUGGCAUCAGAGGUUGAGGAGACUUUGAAGCGACUUGUCGGACACAAGGGUGUGAUUGGUACAAUUGUUGUAAACAAUGAGGGAGUUCCUAUCAAAUCUACCCUGGACAACCCUACAACAGUACAGUACAGUGGUCUACUCAACAAUCUUGUGGAUCAGGCAAAGACAAUGUUCAAGGAGUUGGAUCCCAGCAAUGAUCUCACUUUUCUCAGGAUUAGAACCAAGAAACAUGAGAUUAUGGUUGCACCUGAUAGAGACUAUCUUCUGAUAGUUAUUCAAAAUACGCAGGAUAGCUAGGCAGCUAACCAGUAACUACCAGAGCAUAGAAGCCAGAAUAUGUCGGGGUUUGAAAGAUUUCACUUGUAAAACAUUCGCGGAUUUUAGGUUGUUUUGAAUUCAUUUUAAUGCAAUAGAUAACCAAGAAUGGAGGGGGAUUUCUUUUAUUUUAAGGGGAGGGGGUCGUACUUUCUGAUAACUCUGUUUCUCGAUUUGUUUUUUCAAUAUUAAUUAAACACAUAUUGCUUAAUUAUGUCAUUUACUAAAUACUGAUUUAUAUAUUGAUUGAUUAAUAUAUUCUCAUAUUGUAAUACAUGCACUUAAUCUCACAAUAAAACAAUUCUUAAUUAUUAUAAAAUUUAUAAUUAAAUUUUGCACAUCUAUUUGCACUUAAUGUGAUAUUUGUCAGUUAUUCAAAAUUAAAAUAAAUCUUACAAUAAUAUUUCAUCCUGUAA